GACUUGCUUUUGGAAAGCAUUUUUUUUGUACAAUCUCUCCAGGUCACUGGUGUGUGUGUCAGUGAGUGAUAGGAAGAAAAGCUUUGUAUAUCUCUGUAGACGACAAAUAUCCUGUAAGAUGACCAGCCUAUUUUUAGGACCAGUCUUAUAUUCGGGUUUGUACAGCGUUUGCCUUUGAGCAGCAACACAGCCUCGCGCUGUCUGACACCGUCACUGUCUAUUGUGAUGUACCGCAUAACAUUUGUGUCAGAUGGCAACUAUCGCUUUCAACACAACACGAUACAUGGGUCUCAGGAGUUAAAUUUGACAAUUAUCCUUUUACACCGUGUCAUCACAACGCAUAAGCUAGCAUUCGCGGCUAACAUAAACCGUUAAGUCCUCAUUCAGCAUCACAAUCUGGCAUUUUCUUCUGUCUGUUCUUGGCAAACAGCCUUUGGUAUGCAUUACUAGUGGACUUGUUGGCAUGGAUCAAGAAGGAUCAGGCCUGCUAAGCAUCUUUCUCCAUUUUGACACAUUCUACAGCUUUACAUGAGAGCGCCAUGGCAACACAAAUAGGGCGACAGAUACAAAGACACAUGUUUCUACCCACAACUGACCCUGCCCACUUGUCAGUCCAAAUGACAGGAAGUCCCUGGCACAGACAGCCAACCACCCUGAGACUCUCUCUCUUCCCAGCACUCUACCCCCCUCCCCGCCUCAAAAGACAGCGUUAUUUUCCUCCCAAGUCUUCUCUGCGCCACUAUUUCCCCCCCAAACAAAAGCGUCCCGCUCUCAGUUUGAUCUCGGCAUGGCUUUAUAGCUCACGCUAUAGGCGUCCAGGAUGAAGAGGUUUCUGACAAUCGUGUUGCGAAGCCUGGUCAGCCUGUCCAAGGACAGCCCCGUAUGGGCCAGGGAACACCACCCACCGGCAAAGAGGGAGAUCAGGAGGAAGAGGAGGGCCCUCAGACGAGCCAAGAACGUGGGCAGACGCAACUUAGUGAGGGUGAUGAUUUUGACGGUGUACCUCAGCGAUGGGGAGCAGGCCCUGACGGAGGUGCCCAUCACCCCCGAGACGACGUGCCGUGACGUCGUUGAGUUCUGCAAGGAGCCUGGCGAGAGUGGCUGCCACCUGGCUGAGGUCUGGAGAGGCAACGAGCGAGCUAUCCCUUUUGAUCACAUGAUGUAUGAACAUCUCCAGAAAUGGGGUCCGCGGAAACAAGAAGUCAAGUUCUUCCUGCGCCACGAAGAUUCUCCGACUGAGAGCAGCGAUCAGGGAAGUCAACAGUCUCAGGAUCAGACGAGUCGAAGGAGUGGCAAUGCUGGAGAGAAGCACAAUGAGAACGGGGUGGGUAAUCAACGCGUGGAGCUCACCCUCUCGGAGCUGCAGGAGAUGGCCUCACGGCAGCAGCAGCAGAUCGAGGCUCAGCAGCAGAUGCUUGUCGCAAAGGAACAGCGUCUGCGUUACCUAAAGCAGCAGGAGAGGCGUCAGCAACAGACGGCCACAGAAAGUGAGAAGCUGCAGAGGCUAAAGGAGCGGGUGGAGAGCCAGGAGGCCAAGCUCAAGAAGAUCCGCGCCAUGAGGGGCCAGGUGGACUACAGCAAGGUCAUCAAUGGCAACCUGUCUGCAGAGAUCGAACAAGUGAGCGGCCUGUUCCAUGAGAAGCAGGCUGAGCUACAAACCGCCGUGCUGAGGGUAGAGCAGCUCAGCUUGCAGUUGGAGGACCUCCGCAGGGGGAAGCUCAACGGCAUACAGUCAACACUUGGCGGACAAGUGACUGGCACUGCAGCGCUAGAGCUCCGGAAGCUCUACCAGGAGCUUCAGAUACGCAACAAACUGAACCAGGAGCAGAACAGCAAGCUGCAGCAGCAGAAGGAUCUUCUGAACAAGCGCAACAUGGAAGUGACGUUAAUGGACAAGCGCAUCAGCGAGCUGCGGGAGCGCCUCUACAAGAAAAAAGCUGAGGCACGUCAAAAAGAGAAUCUCCCUCUCAGCAGGGCCAAUGGACCGCCCUCCCCACAGGCAGGUCCCGGGACGCUGGGCCGUGUGGCGGCUGUGGGUCCUUACAUCCAGGUCCCCGUGCCGUCCCGACAGGAUGCGGGCUACACCUUGCCACCCGAACCUCUGAAACCGCAGAAUCUGGGGGUAAAUAACCAGGUCAACCAGGGCCGCACCAAGUCAGAUGGUGCGCGAAAGCCUCCAGGCGCCUGGAAGGUGUCUGAUUUAGACAACGUCGUGGACCCGCUACCCCCGCCCUCUCCAGAGUCUCACCCGGACACUGGCGCCUCUUCCACUUGCUCUGAUGGCACCUCCCCUAAUGAAGUUGGUUGGCCUCCUGCGGGUAAGACCGGCACAUCUCUAAAGCCUCCCGAGAGAAGAGACUCAGAUACACAGCAGGGUAAGAACCCUCCUUCCAGCGCCCCUGCGGCUCCAAGUGCAGAAAAGGCGCUUGAUUCCAAAAAGACAGUGUCGUCCCCUUCCAUAUCCAAACCGCAACCACCACCCUAUGGCUCCCACCUCAUUUCUGCCAACUCUGCCAGCUCUCUGGAGCGUCGCAAGGAUGCUCCGCCACCACUGCCGUCGCCUCGCCCACUAACAAACCCCCCUGCGCCCGCUUGGCCCCGAGUGCCCUCAUCCACAGGCUCGUCCUCGCAGCAAAUCCAGCAGCGGAUCUCUGUGCCGCCAAGUCCCACCUUCCAUCCUCACGUACUGCUCUUCCCACCCGGCAUGAGCGAGCGGCUGGAUCCCCCUCCCGCUGUAGCGGUGCGUCCCUUCAUCCCAGACAGAGGAUCUCGGCCACAGUCACCCAGAAAGGGUCCGGCGACCAUGAACUCCAGUUCCAUCUAUCACAUGUACCUCCAGCAGGCAGCACCAAAGAGUCAGCCCCUAAAACCUGCUCUUAAAGCAGUAUAUGGGAAGCCCGUCCUCCCUCCCAGCUCGACACCUCCCUCACCUCUACCUUUUGUUCCGCCCGGUGGAGCCUUCCCGUUGCUCCAAGGACCACCAGCCGGCGAGGAUAUGCUUGAUGGCGACCUGGAGGAUCAUGAAGGGUUAUGCCACAUGGAGCCAUCAGCCCCCCCUCCCAGCGUAGAGAACAUCCCACGACCACUAAGCCCAACAAAGCUAACGCCCAUGGUACACUCGCCCCUGCGCUACCAAAGUGACGCUGACCUCGAGGUGCUUCGUAAGAAGCUGGCCAAUGCUCCGAGGCCCCUGAAGAAGCGCAGCUCCAUCACAGAACCAGAGGGCCCAAGUGGGCCUAAUAUCCAAAAACUCCUCUAUCAAAGAUUCAACACUCUCGCAGGAGGCAUGGAGGGAAGUGUAGGAACGGGGGGAGGUAAUGGUGCAGGGACUGGAACACCAUUUUUCCAGCCUGCAACUCCUCCAGGCUAUUUGGGUGGUGACCCAGCUGCAGACAGUGACAAUGGCAACCUUCCCCCCGACACUCUCCCUCCGCCACCACCGCCGCCUGAUGCAGAGGAGCUGGGCUCAGAGGCUGAGUCUACCAACGCCAACAACAACCAGCCGCUACCUCCGCCACCAGAGGGUCUCGCUGAUUCAGAAGGAGCGGACGACGACGACGAAGACGACAACAACAACAUCCUGGGAAGCUCAGAGGCCUUGCUGCCCAGUCCGGUGCCAGAGGUCAGCUCGCCGGAGGAGAGUGGCACUGUGAUGACACAACCCUCUCGCACAAAUCUGAAGAAGCCAGAGUCCGAGCGCACCGGUCACGGCUUCAGGGUGAAGUUCAACCCUUUGGCUCUCCUACUGGACGCUUCACUUGAAGGAGAGUUUGACCUCGUCCAGAGAAUUAUCUACGAGGUGGAAAAUCCCAGCACGCCCAACGACGAAGGCAUCACACCCCUGCAUAACGCCGUGUGCGCCGGGCAUCACCACAUCGUCAAGUUCUUGCUGGAUUUCGGUGUGAACGUCAAUGCUGCGGACAGCGAUGGAUGGACUCCGCUCCACUGCGCCGCCUCGUGCAACAGUGUCCACCUCUGCAAGUUGCUGGUGGAGUCGGGUGCCGCCAUCUUUGCCAGCACCAUUAGCGAUGUGGAGACGGCCGCCGAUAAGUGUGAGGAGAUGGAAGAAGGCUACAUCCAGUGCUCACAGUUCCUAUAUGGCGUUCAGGAAAAGAUGGGUGUCAUGAACAAGGGCACGGUGUACGCCCUCUGGGUGUAUGAAGCUCAAAACCAGGACGAGCUGUCCUUCUGCGAGGGGGACGCCAUCACCAUCCUGCGGCGACAAGACGACAGCGAAACAGAGUGGUGGUGGGCGCAGCUGGAGGAUACCGAGGGCUACGUGCCUCGGAAUCUUCUCGGGCUCUACCCUAGGAUCAAACCUCGCCAGCGCUCCCUGGCGUAGCAUCCCCAGCUGUUGGAGGGACAAGACCAAGAGCAGAGAACAAAAAAAAGCCUCAAGAACCAACUUCGUCUUCUCCUGGCUGCCAUACAUACAUAUAUUUAUUCAAACACACACACGAUAGACACUCUAAAUGCGAAAAAUCCCCUAAAUCCUUCCAUCCUAUUGGCUCCUUCAGUAGACACUACACCGGUGUGACUUCUCCAAACUUUUUUCUUUUUCUUCCACAUGGUCACACAUGUCGCUGAUGGGACAUUAAUUUGUAGUUGUGUUUUUUUUGUCUUAUUAUUUAAAACUGACCCGCUAGAAUGAACCCAAAUGUUUGCCUUUUAACCACCAAAAAAUGCAAUAGAUUCGACAUAUUUUAUUAUUUUUUUGGGGGUUGUAUGGGACACGCUACAGGAAAAGCUCUUUUUAGUUUUAGAGAGCACAUCACAACAAAAGAAGCGUGUCAUGCACAGAAUUUGACUGACUGUCCUGAGUUGCAUUUCGUACGGAUUCUAUCAAUUCAGCAUUGUUGCUCCAAAUAUGCUGCUACGGUUAUUGUUGAAAUGUUUUUGAUGGCCAGUUAAAACAACUUGAACAUUGAUUCAGAAUGAAAAUGUGGAUAUUUUUAUUUCUAUUUUGAAUGAACUCAUACACUCAAACAGGUGAUCAUUUUCUUUGCUUCACAUAGUGAUGACCCAGUUUGUAUUCACGACUUCUGAAGCCUUUAAAUCUCAGGACCAUCACAGUGCUGCUGACACUGUUUCACCAUUGUGUUCCUAUUUUCACGCUCACGUGGCUCCAGCAACAAACCAAACACAGCUGAUGUAAGUUAUUUUUCACGAGAGUGGAACAGUCAAGUCAAGAAGUUAAAGGCACCGUCUGCUUAAUUACUCCUUCCAAGUUCAAUCAAUCAAUCAAUCAAUGAUUAUUUAUAUAGCCCUGAAUCACUAGUGUCUCAAAGGGCUGCACAAACCACAACACAAACAACAACGGCAUCCUCGGUAGAGUUAUCACCAAUCCCAUCCAGGUACAACACUGUACAUGAAACAUGAACUGCAGUCCAUCAGUGUGUUUUGAACCGGAGUGAGUGAGUAUAAUACAAAGUGUGUGACAGGCUCAUUGAAAUCUGUACAUAGUGUGAGGAGGAUGCUAUCUUUUGUUUGCUGUAUGGACAGAUGGGCUUUCUCUAUGAUGUACUCUCUCACACACACACACAAAUCUGUAAAUGUCAACAAUAAAUCCUAAAUCUAUA